UAAAAUCAGGUGGGCCAGAUCUAAAAGCACAUUUUUUAUGCUUCUGCUGUUAUAUAUGCGGUAAUGCCCUGCGUGUGCGUGGGAGAGAGAAACUCCAGCGCGAGCGCGUGGUGUGAUGUACCUCAUCACUGUGACGUCACGCCUCGAGCUGUCCGCGCCGCGGUGGUGCUGAAGCAAGAUGGCAGUGCGAUAGAAGGGAGAAACGCGCGAUAAACUGACAGAAAGUGAUUUAUACGACCCAUUUCCGCUCGUUUACCUGUUUAUUCGCGUCUUCGUUUUGAAAAGCGUGAAGUUAUGUCUGUAUGUUGAGUGUGAGAACGGAUUUAAAUCACGGCACGUACACUGUCCCGUUCUCGGCGGAGCGCAGCUUCUCGACGCGACGCGGCUCUGCGCGAUGUCUCUGCUGUGCGUCGGGGUGAAGAAAGCCAAGUAUGAUGGACCUCAGGAGAAAUUCAACACGUAUGUGACUCUGAAGGUGCAGAAUGUUAAGAGUACGACCAUCGCGGUGCGGGGCAGUCAACCCAGCUGGGAACAAGACUUCAUGUUUGAGAUCAAUCGUUUGGAUCUGGGUCUUUCUGUGGAGGUGUGGAAUAAAGGUCUUAUAUGGGACACUAUGGUCGGCACCGUCUGGAUUCCUCUGCAGAGUAUCCGUCAAUCCAACGAGGAUGGACCUGGAGAAUGGCUGACUUUAGAUUCACAGGCCAUAAUGGCAGAUAAUGAAAUCUGUGGCACUAAAGAUCCAACAUUUCACCGUGUGCUUUUAGACACUCGCUUUGAACUGCCACUGGAUAUCCCAGAAGAAGAGGCUCGAUAUUGGGCUAAAAAACUGGAGCAGCUUAAUGCUAUGCGAGACCAAGACUAUUCAUAUGAGGAGGUUCAGGAGCGGCCGUUAUCAGUACCUGGAACACAAUGUUGUAACUGGAAUUUGUGGAGCGACCAGCAAAACAAUGAUCCAGACAGUGCAAUGGACGACAGAGACAGUGAUUACCGCAGUGAAACGAGUAACAGCAUCCCUCCGCCAUAUUACUCCACAUCUCAACCUAAUGCUUCGGUUCAUCAGUAUCCCAUGAGUCACCAGCAUCGAAACCCCUGCAGCCCUUACUCUCGCUCCAUCAAUAACUGUGAUCUCGACUAUGACCGUACCAGAGGAAUCAGUCCGACUGGAAGUUAUGCAUCUUCAGCGGAGCUCAGUCGCUGCAGCUCUCAACUAAGCGAAGAGUAUGGAGAACGAGAACUGUACGACGAGAACGACUCUUAUCACUCCUGCCAUUCGUCCGUGUCUUACAGCAAGGGCUCGCCCGACUGGGAUGAAACGCAAGGCGUUUACAGCGACGACUGCGCUUACAGCAAAGACGGCGGCGAGGAAGGUGCUCUGUAUGAAGAAGAGGACGGUGACCUGUACGCAGAGGAGGUGGACAUGUACGAGGGAGAAGAAGACUUCAACUAUGAGGAUGAAGAUCUGUACCCGUUGGACGGGACCCUCAGCGAAGAUCAAGAGCCUCCGUUCACCCCCACUCCAACCAGUACUGCCCCCUGCGCACCGAACACUUCAUCCAUCAGGCCUCCUCUGGAGAAACAGCCCUCUGUGCAUCAACAGAACGGCACAAAUAAUCUGCCACAGAAUCUGCCAGCUACGGUUCAACCGCCCAAUCAGACGCAAGCCCAGGCUCCGCAACUCAAACCCCUAAACAAACAGCAAACUCCCCAAGCGCCGAAACAACAACCUCCACCCCAGCAGCAAUCCUCGGGCCCGAUGCCGUCCGUCCAAUCCUUCUUCGCCAUGGCCAAGCCGCUAACUGCCGUGUUUGGACUGGGUGGAUCUAGUUCUCCACAACCUCCUGCGCCAACACCUCAACCUCCAACCUCAAAUAUACAGACCCCGACGGCACAGCCUCCCGCCCCUGUAACCCAACAGAUGCCUCCUACUGCAGUAAAAUACCCCGAGUCUUCUCUCAGUUCUGUCCCCAACUCCAAAGCUCCUCCAACAGAACCUAAACCUCUGACUCCUACAGAGGAGAAACUGCCCACGCCAGAGCCUCCAUAUGAGGAGGAACCUCCACUUGAAGAUGAAGAACUCCCCGCUGAAGAGCCAAUUGAAGAGGACAUAAAGAUCGAGAGUCCACCUUUAGAAGAGGAAGAACCUUUAGCAGAACCUGAGAGUGAACCGGUGAAGGAGGAGCCAAAAGAGCAGGUGGAUCCGGCUGUAAGGGCGAAAGAGAACUGGCUGAGACUCUUUGAGAAAGUUCGACACCAGCUUCAGGAGGCUCGAGGAGAGACAGGCUCUCAGUCUUUAUGGUUUGGUAAAGGAGGGAUGGGUGGAGCGCUGUACAGUAUCGACAGCAUGCCUGAUCUUCGUAAAAGAAAGACCAUUCCUCUGGUCAGAGAUCUGUCUCUGGUGCAGAACUCUCGUAAGGCCGGUAUCACAUCUGCUAUGGCAUCAAGUACACUCAAUAAUGAAGAACUGAAAAGCCACGUGUAUAAGAAGACCCUUCAGGCUCUGAUCUACCCCAUCUCCUGUACAACACCACACAACUUUGAGGUGUGGACGGCCACCACGCCCACCUACUGCUAUGAAUGUGAAGGACUGCUGUGGGGAAUCGCUCGACAGGGCAUGCGCUGUUCUGAAUGUGGGGUCAAAUGUCAUGACAAAUGUCAGGAUCUGCUCAAUGCGGACUGCCUUCAGAGAGCCGCAGAGAAGAGUUCAAAACACGGCGCUGAGGACCGCACGCAGAACAUCAUCAUGGUUCUGAAGGACCGCAUGAAGAUCCGUGAACGGAACAAACCGGAGAUCUUCGAGUUGAUCCAGGAAGUAUUCGACAUUCCCAAAGCGACUCAUGGAACGCAUAUGAAACAGAUCAAACAGAGCGUUCUGGAUGGGACGUCGAAAUGGUCGGCCAAGAUCAGCAUCACAGUGGUGUGCGCUCAGGGUCUCCAGGCGAAGGAUAAGACUGGCUCCAGUGAUCCUUACGUCACCGUACAGGUGGGCAAAACCAAGAAGAGAACAAAAACCAUCUACGGCAAUCUUAACCCCAUCUGGGACGAGAGCUUUCACUUCGAGUGUCACAACUCCUCAGAUCGAAUCAAGGUGCGCGUUUGGGACGAAGACGAUGACAUCAAGUCUCGCGUGAAGCAGCGAUUUAAAAGAGAAUCUGAUGAUUUUCUGGGACAGACCAUCAUUGAAGUGAGAACACUCAGUGGAGAAAUGGAUGUCUGGUAUAACCUCGACAAGCGAACUGAUAAAUCUGCUGUGUCCGGAGCGAUCCGUAUGCACAUCAGUGUGGAGAUUAAAGGAGAAGAAACUGUGGCGCCGUACCACGUACAGUACACCUGCCUGCAUGAGCACAUCUUUCAUUACACCACUGAAAAGCAGAAUGGUGGCGUCGUGAAGAUUCCUGAUGCCAAAGGCGAUGACGCCUGGAAAGUUUACUAUGAAGAAACGGCACAGGAAAUCGUAGAUGAGUUCGCCAUGAGAUAUGGAGUGGAAUCAAUCUACCAGGCCAUGACGCAUUUUGCUUGUCUGUCAUCAAAGUACAUGUGUCCUGGUGUCCCCGCGGUCAUGAGCACACUACUGGCAAACAUCAAUGCUUACUACGCUCAUACGACACAGUCCUCCAACAACGUCUCUGCCUCGGACCGCUUUGCGGCCUCAAACUUUGGGAAAGAGAGAUUUGUAAAACUUUUGGACCAGCUCCAUAACUCCCUGAGGAUUGAUCUCUCCAUGUACAGGAAUAAUUUUCCAGCCAGUAGUCCAGAGCGGUUGCAGGAUUUGAAGUCCACUGUAGAUCUUCUGACCAGCAUCACAUUCUUCAGGAUGAAGGUUCAGGAACUCCAGAGUCCACCCAGAGCUAGUCAAGUUGUUAAAGAUUGUGUCAAAGCCUGUCUGAACUCAACUUAUGAGUACAUAUUUAACAACUGCCAUGAACUGUAUGGCCGAGAGUAUCAGAACGACCCAUCCAAGACAGUCCCACCUGAAGAACAGGGUCCCAGCAUCAAGAACCUGGACUUCUGGUCUAAACUCAUCACUCUCAUUGUGUCCAUUAUAGAGGAGGAUAAAAACUCUUACACACUUUGUCUAAACCAGUUUCCUCAGGAGUUAAAUGUUGGGAAGAUCAGUGCAGAAGUGAUGUGGAACAUGUUUGCUCAGGAUAUGAAGUACGCUAUGGAAGAACACGAGAAACACAAGCUGUGCAAGAGUGCCGACUACAUGAACCUACACUUCAAGGUCAAGUGGCUUUACAAUGAAUAUUGUAAAGAUCUGCCGUACUUUCAGGGCCGUGUACCCGAGUACCCAGCAUGGUUUGAGGCGUUUGUGAUCCUCUGGUUGGAUGAGAAUGAAGAAGUGUCCAGAGAUUUUCUCCACGGCGCUUUGGUCAGAGACACAAAAGAUGGGUUUCAGCAGACGUCCGAGCACGCGCUCUUCUCCUGCUCCGUAGUGGACGUCUUCUCUCAACUCAACCAGAGCUUUGAGAUCAUCAGGAAGUUGGAGUGUCCUGAUCCUCAGAUUGUUGGCAAUUACAUGAAGAGAUUUGCUAAGACUAUAGGGAAUGUUCUUCUAUCUUAUGCUGACAUCAUUUCUAAGGAUUUUCCCAAUCACUGUCAGAAGGAGAAAGUGCCUUGUAUCAUCAUCAAUAACAUCCAACAGCUGAGGGUUCAGUUGGAGAAGAUGUUUGAAGCGAUGGGAGGAAAAGAUUUGAAUGUGGAGGCCAGUGACUUUCUGAAGGAUCUACAGGUCAAACUAAACAAUGUGAUGGAUGAUCUCAGCAGGAUCUUUUCUGUCAGCUUUCAGCCGCACAUCGAGGACAGCGUGAGACAGAUGGGUGAUAUUUUAAGUCAGGUGAAAGGAGCUGUACCUGCUAAUGGAAACGGCAGCCUGGCACAAGAUGCUGACAACGUUCUUCAGCCCAUCAUGGACUUCCUGGAUAGCAAUUUAACUCUGUUUGCCAAAAUCUGUGAGAAGACGGUUCUGAAACGGGUUCUGAAGGAACUGUGGAAGUUGGUCAUGAACACUAUGGAGAAAACCAUCGUCUUACCGCCCCUGACCGACCAGACGGGAACACAGCUCAUCUUUAAUGCUGCUAAAGAGUUGGGUCAGCUCUCCAAACUAAAGGAACACAUGGUGCGAGAGGAGGCUAAGGCACUGACCCCUAAACAGUGUGCAGUCAUUGAGCUGGCACUGGACACUAUAAAGCAAUACUUCCACGCAGGCGGUGUGGGUUUAAAAAAGACAUUUCUCGAGAAGAGUCCGGACCUGCAGUCUCUGCGUUACGCCCUCUCUCUCUACACACAAGCCACCGACAAACUCAUCAGGAAAUUUGUUCUGUCCCAGCACACUCAGGUUCAUGGAGGUAAAGGUGUGCGCUACACUAAUAGUGAAGAUGUUUAUCCAGAGAAAGCAUCAGCAGUAGAAGAUGCAGUCGGUGAAGUCUGUAUGACUGUAGAGAUCUUCAGUGACCCAAACACAGGAGGACACAAGAUCACUGUUAAAGUGGUGGCAGCCAAUGACCUUCGUUGGCAGACGCAGGGUAUUUUCCGACCCUUUGUAGAGGUUUACAUCAUCGGUCCUCACCUCAGUGACAAGAAGAGGAAGUUUGCAACCAAAUCUAAGAACAACAGCUGGUCACCUAAAUUCAGCGAGUCAUUUCAGUUUGUUCUGGGCAGUGAGUUGGGUCCUGAAGGUUAUGAGUUGCAGGUGUGUGUAAAGGAUUAUUGUUUUGCUCGUGAGGACCGGACCGUCGGGAUGGCUGUACUGCAGCUGAAGGAUUUGGCGUCCCGGAGCAGCGCGGCCUGUUGGCUCCCGCUCGGCAAACGCGUUCACAUGGAUGAGACGGGUCUCACCGUUCUCCGAAUCCUCUCUCAGCGGAACAACGACGAGGUCGCCAAAGAGUUUGUCAAACUGAAAUCUGACCAGCGCUCGGCAGAGGAGGGUAGAGGGAGUUAAAGCCGUCGGGUCAUCGUUCAUUCAUUUGUUCUGGAUGUUAAACCAUAACCUGAAGGUGGCAAACAAUCAAGCGCUUUAACCACAACACGCACUCAUAUAAACAUGUUUCCACGAAUAACACUCAUCUAUACAGACUUAAACAAUGGCAUUUAUUUCAAGCAAAUAAUGAUGUCAACAUAAUCCACUGAGUUAUAUAAACACUCUUUAGCAAAGUCAACAUUCAUUUAAAAUGUGUUUAUUUUGUUUAAUUCAUGUUUCUCUGAAAUGAUUUUUGAUAACAUGAAGACUGCAGUGUUAUUGGUUAAACAUCUAAAAUCACGGCUAACGUUCAUUCAUGCAUUUAAUGCCGGCUGAUGUUUAGGUAAUACAUUUAUGCAUUUGGCAAAAACACUUAGAGUAUAUUUAUUUUGAUCAGUAAGUGGGGAUGAAACCCAUGACCUUUACAUUGCUAACACAAAGCUCUAAGAAUUGAGCUACAGAUACACGGGCAAUAAUGACAACAAAUGUUAAUAUUGAGAUAUAAGGGGAGGAUUUGUAGGAUGAACUUCAUGUCUUUGAGAUGGUUUGUAUUGAUGAUGUUUCUGGAAAAGAGUCAAUCCACUGCAAACACACAGUCAACCUUAAGCCUCCAAUCAUUUCCUGAUAGGAAACAUUUCUAGGUUUUCACAUUUAUUCUGUCUCAAACACACACACAGGUUCAGGGAUUGUAAGAUUUUACUGUAUGUUGCAGUAAAGCCUGGUUUAUACUUCUGUGUCUGUGCACCGUAUAGUCUAACGCCAACCUCUCAAAAAACGAAACGUUUCAAUGCUACGAGGACUGCAAGCGCAGUGAUUGGACCGCUAGAUUCCUCCCUCAGGUAAAAAAAUCAGCAUCGCAUUUCCUCGUAUGCAUUUCUGCUUGUGAUUGUAAAAAUAAAGAUGGACCAGAUUAAAAAGUGAUAUUUAACAACUCGAGCUGCAAUCAAAGUCGCUGUCUAUUGACCUCCAUCACCGCUGAUGUUUCUCCAACAACACGCAAGCAGCUGCUUCUUGAUAUACUGUAGGUUAACUUACACCACUAACAUGCUUGUGGACGCGGCAUACUAGCGGUCGGCAUGUCGGCGAGAACAACACAGAAGUAUAAAUCAGCCUUGAGAUAUAAUUGAGAUAUCGUCUCUGAUUGGUGUGUAAGAGAUCCUCCAGCCAAUCAUUGAUGAUGUUACUGAAUGUGGCUUUCAGGGUCUGUGUGAUGACAUCAUCAUGUCAUUUAAAAGGGGCUUGAUUUAGAAACUCUGAGGUGGUUUUAGAAGUGAUGUUUGUGUUUUUAUAAAUGGACUUGUUUAAAGAAGACCUGAAGGGUUUUUAUAAGCCAAAACUCAAACUGACAAGGUCUUGAUGUAAUGAUUGUUGAUGAUUGUUGUACAAUACUAACUGUUGUCAGAUUGAGUCACAGAAAACCCUCUGUACACAAACACGCACACCCACAAUGCUUUGCGGCCUUGAGGUACUUCAGUACCCCUCCUCUGUCUGUGUUUUACAGCUUGACUAUUGCUGGAUUUAUUUCUCCAGACAUGUUGACGUGUUCAGUCCUGGUCUGAAGUUCAGUCUCUCUGCGUCGCUCUGGUCUGUGUGCCGUCUCUUUAGCACGAUGAAGAUAAACCUUAACAAACACUGUGACUCAAACACACGUGUCACUUCAGUCACUGUGGAUUAUGAGCUUUUAUUUGUUUGUUUGCUGGACAUCCAAAAAUACUUCUUUAUAGAAGAGGGGUUUCUGUUUAAUGUGAACAUAUAAAUGAUCUGAAAAGAGUUUAUUGUCACGGGUUUGGUCAUAGAUGCAAGCAUGAAAUGCCAAAAAGCAAAAUGCUUUACAUUCAGGACUUGAGGUUUUUGUUUGUUAUUUACAUGUUGUGCUUUGAUCUGUGUGGAUUCUACAGCAAUACAACAGAAGAAUACAACACGAGUUUGGUUGUCCGGACAGACGAUCGUGUCAAACUUGUGUUUCAGGAUUAAACAGUGCAUUGAAAUGAA